UCUGUACCUGGUUAACCGACAUGCGUGUUACCAUGGAGCUCGCAGGAGGAUGUGGAAGCAGAGAUUAGGAGGCUGAAAUUAGAGCUCAAGCAGACCAUGGACAUGUACAGCACAGCAUGCAAAGAAGCACUCACAGCUAAACAGAAGACGAUGGAGCUCCAACGCUGGAAGAUGGACGAAGAGAAAAGAAUCAAAGACGCUCGAUUGGCGGAAGAAGAAGCUCUGGCUUUAGCGGAGAGCGAGAAAGCAAGGUGUGUCGCAGCGAUACAGACGGCCGAGGCAUCAAAAAGGAUAGCAGAAAACGAAGCACACAAGAGGAUCAGUGCAGAGAUGAAGGCAUUCAAAGACGCCGAGGAUAAGAAGAAGGCUUUCGAUGCUUUGUCCCAUACAAACCUCAGGUACAGGAGGUACACGAUCGAGGAGAUAGAGGUAGCCACCGACUACUUUGCAGAGGAGAGAAAGAUAGGAGAAGGUGGCUAUGGCCCUGUUUACAGAUGCACUCUGGAUCAUACGCCUGUUGCCAUUAAGGUACUACGUCCAGAUGCCGCCCAAGGAAGGUCACAGUUCCAGCAAGAGGUUGAAAUCCUAUGCUGCAUUCGGCACCCAAACAUGGUUCUGCUGCUGGGCGCUUGCCCGGAAUACGGCUGCCUUGUGUACGAGUACAUGGCAAAUGGGAGCUUGGACGAUCGAUUGUUCCGGCGAGGUAACACGCCACCCAUCCCUUGGCAGCACAGGUUCCGGAUCGCGGCGGAGAUCGGCACGGGCCUCCUCUUCCUGCACCAGACCAGGCCGGAGCCGCUGGUACACAGAGACCUCAAGCCUGCAAACAUCCUCCUCGACAGGAACUACGUGAGCAAGAUCAGCGACGUCGGCCUCGCCCGCUUGGUCCCCCCCUCCGUUGCCGACACCGUCACCCAGUAUCGCAUGACGGCCACCGCCGGCACUUUCUGCUACAUCGACCCGGAGUAUCAGCAGACCGGCAUGCUCGGCAUCAAGUCCGACAUAUACUCUCUUGGGAUCAUGCUGCUGCAGAUCAUCACCGGCAAACCUCCCAUGGGGCUGACACACCAUGUCGAGCGUGCGAUCGAGAAGGGGACGUUCAUAGAAAUGUUGGAUCACUCGGUGCCGGAUUGGCCGGUGGAGGAAGCUCUAAGCUUAGCCAAUAUGUCGCUCAAGUGUGCGGAACUCAGACGCAAGGAUCGGCCGGAUCUCGCGACGGCCAUACUGCCGGAGCUCAACAGACUCAGAGAUCUCGCAGAGGAGAACAUGCAGUUCUCCCCGUUUGGGACUGGUUCAUACACCUCACCUAUCCACAGUCAAGUUUCCACACAAGAUAUCAUGAGUGGGCCUGGAACUGUACAAUCUGGAUAUGACAGCUCAAGAAGCCGAUAUAGUGGAUCAUCCAUUCCGGGAAGAUGAAUGAGCAGAGUCUUGUCUUGUGAGGAAGCAAGCAGUUCUUCUGGGGAU